AAACUCAAGCUUUCGCCACCGGAUCUUCUGUGGGGCGCCCGUAUUGCCGUUUGACUGCCAAAUGUUUAUUUUGCAAAUACGACGGCGUUUUAGCCCGAAAUGGCAGUUGAUGACAGCAUGGGCUGUUGUCUGUUAAUUUCGGCCGAAGAGAGCUCUCGAACACGCGCACGAAUCAGUCCUUUUCCUCUCAUCUGACAAAUUCCCUUUUCCCGGAUUGAUUUCUAUGAUAUCGAAUUUUCAAUGAGGAUCGAUAAAUUAAUUUAACGGAUCAUGAUGGUUGCAUUUAAUUGGAAGCUUUUAGUUGUAGGGUUUGUUAUCACCCUACAUGCAAAGACACGAUGUGGCGGAGAAUCGUUGACGUGUUUGACGGUGUACAAAGAAGGUGGUGCUCCGGCAGUGUUCCAAUCCACCAAAUGCCCUCGCUGGAAUUUCCCAAAUUACGAUUCUCGAUCACGCACAACCACCACUGCAACCGGCAGCACCCGUUGCCAAUCGGCCUUGCUUCAGGGUCGAAGGAAGUCUCAGGAGGACCGCAUCCUCUGUGCUCUUGACGUUCGCAUUCCUUUCCCUGGUAAAACUGGGCUUAAGGAGGUUACAGUUGGAAUCGUGGCUGUUUUUGAUGGUCACAAUGGUGCUGAGGCUAGUGAGAUGGCCUCGAAGUUUUUGUUGGAGUAUUUUGCUUUGCAUACCUAUUUUCUUUUGGAUGCUACAUAUUCUUUUGCGUUCAAGAAAUCUGCAGGAAGAUUACCUAGUAAGGGAGAAAAGGAUGCUGUUUUUCAGGUGUUAAAUUGGGAUGAAGAACUUGGUCGGCAUGAGCUGAACUUUGAUAGGUCUACAUUUUCAUUGCCAGAAAAUUUUGAUGAUUCUUUUCAUUUGGAAAUUUUGAAGGAAGCAUUAUUGAGGGCUAUCCGUGAUAUUGAUGCCACAUUUUCUAAAGCAACAUCUAGAAGAAAUCUUGAUUCGGGUUCUACAGCCACCAUUGUACUGAUAGCAGAUGGUCAAAUUUUAGUUGCCAAUAUUGGAGAUUCAAAGGCUCUUUUGUGCUCUGAAAAAUUUCAGUCUUCUGCAAAGGCAAAAGCCAAUUUAUUAAGGUUGUACAGAGAGCGGAGACGUGAUGGAGCUGUUUUUCCUACAAGGUAUCAUGACAACAUUAAAUUGAUUGCAUCCAAUGGACUGACAUAUUUUAUUGUCGAGGAAUUGACUAGAGACCAUCAUCCAGAUAGAGAUGAUGAAAAGUUUCGAGUGGAAACUGCUGGCGGAUAUGUUCAUGAGUGGGGUGGAGUCCCUCGAGUAAAUGGUCAGUUGGCUGUUUCCCGAGCUAUCGGCGAUGUGUAUUUUAAGAGUUAUGGUGUUAUAUCUGCACCUGAAGUGACAGAUUGGCAACCUCUUACCACAAAUGAUACAUAUCUGGUGGUUGCAUCUGAUGGCAUGUUUGAAAAGUUGAGUGUACAGGAUGUUUGUGAUCUACUCUGGGAAGUACAUACUCAUGGAACUGAGAGAUCAGAUCUUUCUUCUUCAUGUUCACAUUCAUUAGCUGAAUGUUUAGUAAACACUGCUUUUGAAAAGGGCAGUGUGGACAACGUGGCAACUGUUGUUGUUCCAUUAGGAGCUAUUGCAAUUCCUCAAAACCUGCCAAGGGAAAGGUGUGUUGGAGAUGGAGACAUAGAUUGCUCAUUUAUAGGGCUAAAGAAGUUCAUGCAUGAGCAAUCAGCUAAUGAUGCCACUUCUGACCUACUACAAUUGACACAUGGACAUCCACUUAUUGCAAAGUUUGACAGGUUAUUGGUUGAAGGAAAGCGUGGGAAUUUUGGAUGUUAUUUUUUGUCAGAGAACUUAAAUAAUAUGGAUACACUGCGAGCUCAAAAUAAUGACAAAGAAAAUUAUGUCUAUGGCCUACCUCAGGCUCUACCAGAGGCCUUCAGUAACCAGUAUGGUGGACCUCUGAAUUUGUAUAAUGACCUGAAUUUGUGCUUAAAUUUUGGGAUGACUGUUGGAGUUAAAGAUCAAUGCACUAAUCCUGAAGACUUUGCUAGUUUCCUUGGUUUGCUCGAGUCUAUUCCUUUCCAUGACACUGGUUCAAAAUUUGGAUCAACUGAGUAUGCAGCGCCUGACUUAAGAUAUGUACUAAAGAAAAGGUUUGGUCAAGGAUCAUAUGGUGAAGUAUGGUUGGCUUUUUAUUGGAACUGUCAUCAAGAUAGGAAUGCUUCAAGAUGGACUGGAAAAAAUGAAAAUAUCUCAUUUACUAGUUGUUCUGAUGCAAAUAGAAGAAGUUCGUCUCGUAGUACUACUCAAGACUGCAAUGCUAGUUCUCUGGAUGAUGACUUGUUCAUUUUGAAACGUAUAAUGGUGGAGAGAGGAGCUGCUGUUUACUUAAGUGGUCUACGGGAGAAAUAUUUUGGUGAAGUGUUCCUAAAUGCCUCCAGGUGUCUUGGAGGUUUACUAUCAGAUGGAAUCACAGCCCCUUUAUUGGAAGAAUUGGAAUCAGAUUUUGAUGACCUAUUAGAAUCAAAUGAAUUAUUCAAUGGAUCAAGGAACAGUUGGAAUUUUGAAAAUAUGUUUCCCAACAAAUUUAGACUGCAGAGAGCUGCUUUUGAAGAGGGUUUGAACCAUAUAGCAAGAUUUGUAGAAUCUUUUGAAUCACAAUCUAAUGAAAUCUGGCUUGUAUUUCAUCAUGAAGGUGUCUCCUUGUCAAAGCUUAUUUAUACAGUGGAGGAAAUAGAAAAUAAUGCUGAUGAAGAAAAGGUUGAAGAAGUAAAGCGUGUUCAGGUAUUGCACCCUUCAAAAUGGUGGCAUUGGCUGAAGACAACAGAAGCAGGAAAAGAGGAAAUGCGCAACCUUAUAUGGCAGUUGUUGAUGGCAGUCAAGGCUUGCCAUGACCGCAACAUCACCCACAGGGAUAUCAAACCAGAGAACAUGGUGAUAUGCUUUGAAGACCAGGAGACUGGAAGAUGCUUGAAAGGAGCUCCCAGUAGAGACAAGAACUACACCACCAAAAUGCGCAUUAUUGACUUUGGUAGUGCAAUGGAUGAGUUCACUCUGAAACAUUUGUAUGGAUCAACAGGACCUUCUAGAGCUGAACAAACUCAUGAGUAUGCUCCUCCUGAAGCAUUUCUUAAUGCAAAUUGGUAUCAGGGGCCAUCAUGCUUGAACUUAAAGUAUGAUAUGUGGAGUGUUGGUGUUGUGAUUUUAGAGUUGAUCUUAGGAUCUCCAAAUAUUUUUCAAGUAAGUACUCUGACGCGAGCCCUUCUAGAACCACACAUUGGGGGUUGGAAUGAAGACCUCAAGGAGCUUGCAUACAAACUUAGGUCAUUAAUGGAGUUAUGUAUUUUGAUCUCUGGGAGUUCCUCUAAACAGCAUCCCAUGAUGGGCCAAGGUGGAGCUACUUCACCUGCUUCUUGGAAAUGCUCUGAAGAGUUCUUUGCACAACAAAUCAAGAGUAGAGAUCCUCUGAAAUUAGGGUUUCCAAAUGUUUGGGCUUUGCGGUUAGUGCGCCAACUAUUACUCUGGAAUCGAGAGGAUCGAUUGAGUGUUGAUGAUGCUUUGCAGCAUCCUUAUUUCCAACCUCCCCCUAAAAGAUGAGACAACAAGAAGCAUUCAAGUUUUUCCAUUUUAUGCACGAGUGAUUUCUGUUUGGUGAAGACAUUUCAGGGACCUUUUUCAAGAUUGAAAUGCCAAAUGAUAGAUGCUGAGAAAGUGUCCUUUUCUCUUACUUGAGAAUGCUCCUCACAGCACCAUGCUGUUUAUUGUCACCUCCAGAUAAAAUCAUUUCAUCAACAAGAUCUGACUAUUUCGGGAUCCAGUAUCAAUUUUUGGUGCCGAAGGAUCUGAAAUAGGGGCGAGCAUUAUUCAGUUUGAACUGAAUUACCAAACCAAACUGAACAGUUACUAUUCAGAAAUUCGGUUUAAUUUUUUAAAAAAUUUGGUCCGAUUUUAAUUUUUAAGAAAUUUAGUUUAUUCAGUUCGGUUCUUACUGUAAGAAAAUUGUAAUAACCGAAUUGAAAUUAGUGAAACACAUUUUUUUGGGCUUUUUGGCAAUUGGAGAUUUUUUCCACUGGAUUGGGCUGCCCCCAAGUGAAAGCCAAAUCCACAUAACAGGAGGCUUUUUGUCUUUAGGUCCAAAACGCCAUUGACUUUGGCCUUUUGGCCAUUAGUUAACUAUAUCAAAGCCAUCCCAAAUGGCAAAUGGACUUUGUCAUCAUAUUCCAACUAUUUCGUUGCUCCCUCCCCUCUACAGUCCUUCUUGGGAUUUCUUUGCCUGCCUUCAUGAUCUCACAUAACUAUUCCAUUCUCUUCCUCUCUCAUUGUCACUCAAUUCUCUGUCUCAAACUCUCCCAAACUCAAACUCACUCAAUUUUGCCUAGCUAUUUAUCAGUCCUCUAUUUUUUUUUUUCUUUUUCAUCUUCAAUCUUUGUCUCGUUGAUUUUUCAAUGGUUGCUCCACCUGUAAGGUAAUUUUCAUGCUUUGUGUUAGAUGUAUUGAUUUGCAUUUUGCUUCCUUCUCUAGUUCUCCCUCUCACCUCACAAAUCUCAAGCUUCAUAGCUUUACCCAUGACAAGUGAGUAAGGCUACCAGUGCACUCUCACCUCAUGCUUCACCCAUGGCAAAUGUGCCUUUGAUUAAAUUCCUCUACUUGGGUGCUAAUAUUUUUUUAUUAUUGAUGUAUUAUGUUGAUGGUUGAAUUUUGGGGUUUCUCUUUUGCAAUUUGCUGUGAUUGAAAUUUUGGCUUUGUUGGGUAAUUGGUUUUGAUUCUAUGUAAUUACUUGAAGCUUGUUGCAUAUGAGUGUUGGUUUCCUUUUUCUGUAUGGAGAAAUGUUGGGCAUUUGAUUGAAAAAUCAAUUAGUGUAGACUUCUAUGAAUUUGAAGUCUAAAUAAAUAGAGAGGAGCUCAAAAUUGAAUUACCAAACUAAGCCGAGCUGAAUAUUUCAGUUUAAUUUGAUUUGCUUCCUUUAUACAUUUCUAAUAAUUUGGUUUGUGAUUCGGUUUGGAAUUGAGCUGAUCGAAUGCACACUUCUAAUAUGAAGUUAUAAACUUUUGACAACUUAUUCCUUUUUUUUUAAUUGUGAUUUUCUUAUGGCCUAGUUAAAAUAUGAACUUAGGCCCUUUUUUCAAUUUUAUUAGAAAGUUUUAAUUUUAACAUUUUGGACCAUAAACUAUCUAAUUUUUGAAAUCUUUUUGCCACAUACUGGCGAUUUGGUAUCCCAAAAUGCUAACCUAGCAUUUAUACCUCAUUUCUAUUAUGCACAUCAGAUUAUAAAAAAAAAAAUGAAAUUGAAACUUUGCGUCUUGAAAGAAGAGAGAUUAACACUCUAAUUUCCAAUCGCCACUAUCAACAUUACUGGUAUACUUGAACUUCUACAAUUCUUUGAAAUUAAACCAAGUCUUCACCCAAACCUUGGCUUCAUAAAGCUUCUUCUUCCCAGCCUCGAUUUCUUCAAGGGUAAGGUGAUGCAGAGUCCCUGCCACUGCUUGCUCCUUCUCUUUUGCCUUUGCGACUCUAGCAAACUCUAGCAUCACAUUAUACAUAUGAAUUUCAAACACAACCAAAAUUCUCUCUCAACAAUCAAACCAACCCUAAAAGAUCACACAAAUAAAAACAUAAAGAACAAUUUGAGUUGAUACCUCUUUCUUGUUGUGUUCUUUGAUGAUGAAGUGAGUGAGGCCAUUGAACUUGACUCUGUUGGUGUUGACUUUGGAUUUGUGAACUCUUUCUAGAGUGGCCAUUUCUUCAUUGCAAAAACCAGAUGCUGCAAUUUCAAAAGGAGAGAGAAGUGAUAGUGAUGAGAAAAAGGAGAGGAGAAUGAUUUUGAAGAGGUGUGGCAUGUUCCAAUUUGUCCACUUCAAUACGCAAUGUCAAAUAGAAGAGAUGUUUCAACUUAAUGGUGGUGAUUGAAACUUUGGGUUUUAAUCUCUGUCCUCUUUCAAAAUGCCUUUUUUUUUUUUUUUUUCUGAAUCUGGUGUAUAUAAUAGUAAAUAAGGUAGAAAUGCAAGGUCAGCAUUUUGGGAGACUAAUUUGCUAAAAUGUGGCUAGAAAAUAGUAUUGUAAAAGUUAGAUUGUUAUGGUCCAAAUUGGUAAAACUAAAACUUCUUGAAAGAAUGGAAAAAAUGGCUUAAGUUAAUGAUUUUUUUUUCGCCAUUUGGUUUUUUUUUAUUAUUAUUUUUUUAU